GUUGUGUGUAGCCUUGUUUUUUUUUUUUUUUUUUUUUUUUUUUUUUUUAUCGUGUAUACGACCGGCUUAAACAAUAGGAAAACAUGUCAUUUUCGUUACUGGGAGGGAGAAAAAAAAAACAUCCCUACUUACCUAUCCUAUUUUUGGGGGCCCGUUACGCCAACAUAACAUAUUUUUGUGUGUGCCUUAGUUUAAGCGAAUUCCAAACGAUACAUUCCCUUCAAACACUACGCAACCGACAAAGUUUCAGGUGUGCGCGAUUCGAUCAUUUUCUACAAUUUUAUUCUAUUUCUUUGGUCUCACGUAGUUUAUUUGCUAUAGUCAUAUUGUUUUGAAACUAGUUUGUCGUUAUUAUGUGGAAGUAAAGUAAAUUUGUCAAUAAUUUUUUUUUUUUUAAUAUGACUUGAACAAUGUGUUAUUCCUUUUCUUUUCUCUUCUGUAAAAGUACGUAGAAAAACUGCAUAAACUUACUCUGCCAGAAAUUAACCAGAUUCAUAUGGUAAACAUUGAGUGGGUUGGCGCAUAAAAUGUAUACACUUUAACAUUCCUUUCAUAGCAAGGCUGGCUACAAGAGGUGAGACUUUUUUCUUGACCCUGUUUCUUUGUAUUAAACGAGUCGACUCAUGACCUUAUUAAUAGCGGUAUAUCUCUAUCUUUGUUUUCGAGGCGCUCGCGGCUUCCUGGAUUAAAAAAAAAACCACGAACAACGCCAACACUGGUGCUCGCACAGACAUAAAGAACCUUAUUUUAAAAAUUGUUGGUGAAUUUUUCACCCUUAAAACACAAACUUGUUAUCAUCACCUCCUCAUUCGCCCAUUGCUUUACGCGUUGUUUUGCUUGCGAUUUGCGGAAUUUGCCCACGGUUUGGGGUAUAGUCGGUUGCUGUCAAAAUAACGGUAUCCAGACGUUGAUUUCCAUAUGUGCUGUCCGUCUAUAGGUUCUUUAUGUCUAUGGGUGCUCGCGCGGUUUGUGUUGUACUCGGGUCGUACGGGAAGCCGCGAGCGCAUUGACUUAAGGCUACAACAGGCCCCAGACGGGGAGAAAGACUAUCAAAGGGCUCCCCAUGUGACGGGAUUGCAGAGGGGAAUUCCCUAAGCCCAGAUGUAAAAUUACAUGCUGAUCGUCUUUUGUCUAUUAAUCAGCAGAUUACAAGAGUGUUCAUUUUUUAAGUUUCAUUUAUCAACUCAAAAUUAAAAAGACACGAUUCAAACACUCAUUGUUUAUCUAGUAGGCCAAGUACUUUCUCAUCAUCCAAUGUAGCCGCGGAGAAGUCACGUUGAACAUUUUUGACGAGACGAACAUGUCUUUGUGUAAACAACUUGCUUGAAAAUGUUGUAAUUUUAAGUGGUUUGUGUUUGCUGGUAUUAAUUUGAAAAGAAUCGAAACAACUGUCUUUUUUAUUCCCUUUUUAUUAAGAUGACAUUUUUAUAAAGCCAAGGGGUCAAUCAAAACAAAUAAAUGUACAGUUUUCAUUUCUAUAACUCGACCUUUGCGUUUAGGCUAAAGUGACGCCCAAACUGGAACUUAAGUAUAGAACUCAUACCUCUGCCCACUUUCGUAAAGAUAUCCGCUUGGUAACCUUACAUUAUUAGCAUUUCGAGGGACCCCACAAAAACCCCGAGUGCAUGACAUGGCUGUGCACAGCCAUGUCACGUACACGGGGUGUUCUUUUUGUUAUCCAGAUAACUGGUGCAGAACACUGCCUGAAUGCCAUAAGUCAUAGGCUUAAGAAAGGCAUAAUUGUUUAUGUAAGAAUAGUUGUUGUUGUGGUUCACCAGGAAAUAUCAUUUGCUGCUCACAUCAGAUGAUUGCCAGCAACAGUGUUGCAUGACAGGAUUACAGUGUAUAUAACGCAUCUACAUCAUCGUCCUGUACACAUUGUUCUAGUUUGUUGUUGUUAUUGUUUUGUUUAUCGACCACUGAGGAGUGCAACAAGACCAAUCAUGGCUAGUGAAAUUGCCAACGUCGUCAGCUUUUGCCAACCUCUGGGGACCAGUGAGACAGUUUGUCACAACGUUUCCUUCAGCAGAAUGAUACGUGAGCUGCCAUUACUUCCGCCAAUACCAAUUGACUGUAACGUCGACCCAUCACCAACAUGCCCGACACCUUGGCCCGGUUGCGGUACCAUCGCUCCAAUGCCACCUGGUUGCGGUACCACUCCAAUGCCACCUGCAGAUACAUGCAAUACAAUCUGCUGGAUUAUUCUGGCAAUAAUUGCCAUUAUUAGUUCAUUUGCAGCAGCUUCGGCUCUAGUUUAUUUCUGGAAAAAAAGGUAUUUCAAAGACAUUUUCUGGAUCAAUUCUCAUGACAACGAGUCAAGGUCUGGUACCGAUGGUCCACCUGAUGCUGACGUUGAGUUGCAUGCAACUGACGUUGAAAACGACGCAACAAUGUCACAGGAGAUCGGAAAUCCAGCAGUCCAAUAA